UCUCUUCCCCAGCAGCAGCAGCCGCGACAGCGCCUCCCGCGUGGCUCUUCGCUCGCUCCUCUGGCUUCGGCCCAGCCCCUCUCGUUCGCCCGCUCGUCCGCCUCGCCUCUCCCCGCUCCUCCCCUCGAUUUGUUUUGUGCGGCGACUUCGGGAGCGUGACGGAGGCGCUUAGAAGCGCUUAUGCAACCGGCUGACCUACUAACACACAUUCGCCUGGGGAAAGAAGUAGGGCGGCGGCGGCGGCGGCGGCGGCAGCAAAGCUCGCGAAAGACGCGCGGCGACUCCUUCCCGCCGCUGGAGCGGUGGCCGAGGGGCGCCUGGAAGAGGAUGGGGCGAGUGUGCGUGGUAGUAGUGUGCGAGGCAGCCGAGCUGUGGAGGUUCAGGAACUCGGGAGGCUUCUAGGCGCAGCUCUUGACUUGCUGAGAAGAGCGAAUGGUAACAGUGACGUUCAUACCAUCGUUGCCAAACCAGGAUCAGGAUUUUGAACCCAGGAUGUCCCAGCCUAUUCCAACAGCUAGUCAGCAAAUCAUGUCUCUUGAUCAUAGUUCCUUGGUGAAGUGGAAUGGAAGGCUUUGCUGAAGAGGUGGAGCUGUUAAGAAGCAUCCAUGUUGCCGAAUGGAACCUGUGAUGCUGCUGUUGAAGACUAAGUAAGGAGCAGAAGAGGCUGUGAUUCUGUAUUUAAUUGGGAAUACCUGUUUUGUUCACCUGCUUUCCAUGCAGACACAAAAAUCGGACAAAAGUUUGGCUAUCAAACCUCUGGAUGAAACAUUCUUCUUCUGCCCACCUUUAGCCUCCAUUCUCUUUCAUUGGCUGACUUCCAAAAUGAAAAUCAGGAGAAAAAAGACUUUGGCCCCUCCUCUUUGUUCCUUGGGCGUUUCUGCUGCCUUCUGGGCCUGACCCAGCAGUUGAUGUUGAUUCUCUACUCUUCCCACUGUGCCUCUGUUGUCCAGCCACAUCCCGACUCCUGUUGUCUGGAGUGUUACUGAGCUGAAGACUGAGGACAAUAAAACCCUCCCAAGGAAUCUGGAGACAGUCCCUUUUCGGCGGUGAUUUGGAAGAUGGUCUCCUUGUAUCGGACAAUUCAUUUUCCAUUGAUGGGAGCCCAGAUCCCAUCUGACUGUAGCAACUGGAGGACAGCUCAAGGCCAUAUUGGAUACAGCUUCCCAGGCAAUACAGCUUGGUAACAGUUUGGAGUGCACAGCUGGGAAGAAGUAUCCUGUGGAACAACAGGAGCAGCCACCGCCACAGUUCUGAGGAAGGGAAAUACUCCAGCGACAGACAAAGUGCAUCUGGACAUUUUGCCCCCCCACUUCCCUCCCUUCCCCCACCCCUGUGAUGGAGAGUCUCAACUCCCCCACAUUAUGUGUGGCUGGGAACUUUCCCGAGUUCCAUCCCAACGGCAUUAUUCAGCGAGCCCGAACCCUGAAGAGCAAGCCGAAUGCCAACUGUAGGCGAAAGCGAGAGUUCAUCUCCGAUGAGAAGAAAGAUGCCAGCUACUGGGAGAAGCGUCGGAAGAACAACGAAGCUGCUAAGCGUUCCCGGGAGAAACGGCGCUUCAAUGACCUGGUUCUGGAGAAUAAGGUGCUGGCACUCAACGAGGAGAAUGUGCGGCUGAAAACAGAGCUACUGCAGCUGAAGCUGCGUUUUGGCCUCAUCAGCACAACAGCCUUCAUGGAAAAGAGCCAGCAGCUGAGCACUGCCAGUGCCAACAACCCAACACACUUAUAUGGUGUCGGCAACAGCAGUUUGUAUCCCAGUUCCCUGUCCCGAGCCUCCCACUCAGAGGAUUCGUCUGAAACUGAGCAGUCAAGCCGGGACAGUGUAAGUGUAUCGGUAGCCAAGUAUUCUCCCCGGGACUCUCUCUCUGACCUGUCUGAUGGCUCAUCUCGGGACAGCCCUCUCCCCCAGACGCUUGAGGAAGCCCAGGCCAUCCAUCGUGUCUACGGGGAUGCCCCCUUGCAGCCUUACUCAGAGCCUAAGGGCUCAGUUCCCCGCAGUGUGAUCCUCUUCAGUGCCAAUGGCUUCACUGCAGUGGCCCCUCCGCAACCCUUGCUUCCUGAAGAAGUGGGGCAGGCAGAAGGCUGUGGGAACCAGAGUCCCAAAAGCCACUGCAGGGGGCGUGAUCCUCACUGCUCACAGGGGGAGCUCCAGACGCACUCAGGGUAUUGCUCAAAGUCCCAGAACUGUAAUGCUUCUGACGGUUAUUUGGAGGGGGAGCACAUAAAGAAAGUUGAAGAGCCUAGAUCCCCCUUUGAGGGUUACACCAGUGAGGAAAGUGAAGAACCCUCCUGGGGAUGUUCCUCUGCUCCCUUCCCUGUGCCGUUGGACACCCACCCUGACGUGAAGACCGCAGCUCUCCCACACAAGCUUCGACUCAAGUGCAGAGCGCACAGCAGUGGGAUUCAUGAACCGUUCCCCGGAUCUAGCACUGCUCCUGCUGGCUGCUGCCAGGGAGUCUCGACAGCCUCAGAUUGGGACAGCGACCGACAUGAGGAGAUGUCAGCCCUGGUGCGGCAAGCCUUGUUUCUGAACGAGCCCCCCGCCUCCAGUGGCAACUUGGAAAGACUUUUGUGUCAUGGCUCAGGGCUGCCUCCAGAUCACUCAGUCCCAAAGGACCAUGUCAGCAGGUGGGAGGAUGCUUGUCAUGAUGAUGGCCCCAGACCAACUUGAAGAAGACCUAGGUCUGGAUAAAGAUUUGGAAAGUAAGAAGAAGAAAUUGAACUGGGUGUUGGUACAAGACAGGGAUUUUACAUGGCCAAACGAGCAUUGGAGAAGAGGGCCAUGGCUGACCUGCACCUGCUGACUUCAGAAUCUCGGGGGAAUAGGGACCAUGAGAUGGCAAAAGAGGAUACGUAGGUUGAACGUGGGGGAUAGGGUGGGGCUGCCUCAGAAAAAGACUUUGGAAUUACUAAGGUAUAGUGGGUGAUGGGACUCCUGUUUUCUAAGGCUCCAGAAUUCAGGGUGUAGAUGAGAUGUGUUUUGAUGGGUGAAUGCCUAAUGGUAUUCUAACUUGAUAACAAUUCUGGCAUUGUGAUCGAUAGGAGAGUACCCAAAAGUUGGCGUCUAAUCCAUUCUGCACUGAUGUUAAGGUUCUUGGACACCCACAAUAAGGAUGCCUAAAUGGAUUGUCAGUGACUGUAUUUUCUCUGUCAGAAAUUGCUUGGCCAAACCAAGCAUUGUGUGUUUUUAAUUACUAAAAUAAACCUACAGAAAAAUGUUAAGAAA